UUUUCACAGACUUUUAAAGCAUUCGCUUCUCGCUAGAAGAUACGUUGGUUCUAUCUUUCUAUCUUUUUCUCACUUUGCUCACUUUUCUGCGCGCAUCAAAUGAAAUCAAAAUAACUAUUGCGUCUUCUAAUCAGUAUUUAUUUUUUAGCAAGUGAUAGAUGCAUUCAGUUACAUUUUUCUUGUUAGAAGAUAGAUAUGUAACUGCCAUUUGAGUCAAUAAUUAUAUUAUAAGUGUUACCUCCGCAUAAUUACGGGAAACCACUUCAAUAUGCGGCUGAAUUACUCUACUGGUAUUGCUUUGAUAAGGAGCUCAUUGAAAGAUGUUUCUCCAAUUAAAAAUUGCAACUUUAAGCAAAACAUUCUUGCAAAUUGUGUCCGAUGCAGAAGUUCCAUCGCAAUGGAGCAAGCAAAACCCUUUAACGAGAUUCCAAGUGAUCUCAUCCUUCCCAUCAUCGGCACGAUUUGGAUGUCCAUGCCUCUUAUAGGUCGGUAUAACUCUGACCGACAGCAAGAAAUGAAUCAUGAUAAACGAGUACGUCUCGGGGACAUUAUACGAGAAAAACUUGGCCCAAUAGAUGCUGUGAUGUGCUUUCGAGCUGAAGAUUUGCAGGAGCUUUUGAGAAACGAAGGAACUUACCCUCACAGAAUCGAAUUCAGCACUCUCAAGGCCUACAGAGAAUCCAGAAAAGAAUGGUUCAAAACUUCGGGUCUCUUGGUUGAACAAGGCAAAGAGUGGCACGAGCUAAGAGCAAAAACUCAGAAGCAUUUACUGAAGCCUUCAGCCAUCAGAGCUUACUUAGACUCCAUGCAAGAUGUUUCAAGAGAUCUGGUGCUAAGAAUUUUCGACUUGAGAGAUGAAACUAAAGAGAUCCCAGACUUGUUACCUGAGCUUUAUAAAUGGGCACUUGAAUCCGUUUCUUUGGUAGGACUAGACGCAAGGCUGGGGUGUCUACAAAAAGAUCUUCCAGCUGAAUCUGAUGGAAUGCAGAUGAUAAAUUCAGUACUGACUCAGUUUCAAUGCAUGAAUAAACUGGAGGUGUUUGCAGGGAACAUACCAUUUUGGAAGCUUUUUCCAACACCUACAUGGAGACGAUUUGUAAAGGCUUCUGAUAUUUAUGCCAAGAUUUCUUUUAAAUACAUAAAUCAAUCUCUCCAGCGUCUGAAAGAGAUGGAAGAAACUGAUGAAAAGAAGCUUACAUUACUACAAGCUAUGUUAGCGAAGAAGGAUUUAAGUGUGCCUGAUGCAAUGGUUUUUGUUGCCGAUAUGCUGAUGGCAGGAAUUGAAACUACAUCUCAUUCUGUUGGCUUUCUACUCUACAAUUUGGCGAGAAAUCAAGAUAAACAGGAAAAACUACAUCAAGAAAUUACUAAAUUUCUCCCUACAAAAGAUCUAAAAAUCACCUCUCAAAUUUAUGAAGAAAUGCGUUACCUCAAAGCUUGCAUCAAAGAAUCAAUGAGAUUGUAUCCUGUGAUUGGCGGUACAGCUCGUACCUUAGCGAAGGAUGCAGUUUUGAGUGGUUAUAAAAUUCCUGCAGGAACCAUGGUUUUUGUUCCUUACGAAGAAAUAUUUACAGACGAGAGGUACUUUAAAAAUCCGAAUAAAUAUCUGCCAGAGCGAUGGUUGAAUAAAGCAGAAAAACCUCAUCCUUAUUCAUGCAUCCCAUUUGGAUUUGGACCUCGAAGCUGUAUCGGAAAGAGACUAGCUGAACUAGAAAUGUGCUGCUUUCUAACUGAUGUUAUCAGAAAUUUCAAAGUUGAAUACCAUUAUGAAGAAAUUGGCAUAUAUUCAAGAAUGGUUAAUACGCCAGACAAACCUUUGAGGUUCCGUUUUCUUGAGAGAAUGAAGAUUGUCUUGAAGAUGAGAUAUUGCCAUUCUUUUUCAAACUGGAUUUCAGUUAAGAAAUCCUUCCAGAAUAUCUUCAGUAAAUCUUUAAGGUGGAAUUCAAGUGCUCCUACCAGAGAAAUUGAUGCACAUUCCGAAUGGAUAGCAGCCAAGCCCUUUUCAGAAAUCCCAAGCUUGCCAAUGUUACCUUUUGUUGGCACAAGGUGGCAUUAUUUGCCCAUCAUAGGAAAUUAUCAAUUAGAUAGACAACAUCUUGCAUACAGAGAAAAAAGAAAACUGUUUGGUGAUAUUCAUCGUGAAAAAUUUGGAAAACUUGAUAUAAUAAUAACUUUCAAUGCAGAUGAUUUUCAGACAAUUCAAAGAAAUGAAGGCAAAUAUCCAUAUAGAGUACAAAUCGAUUCUGUCGUAGCUUACAGAAAAUCUAGAAAACAAUGGUUCAGUACUGCAGGUCUCAUGUCAUUACGGGGAGAAGAAUGGGACCAAUUAAGAAAAAAAUCUCAAACCCAUAUUUUGAAACCAGGGCUUGUUAUUAGAUACCUAAAUCUCUUGCUUGGAGUAGCUAAAGAAAUGGCUGAAAAGAUUUCAGAAAUCAUAGAUGCAAAUAAUGAAAUUCCAGAUUUCAGCGAUGAAUUAUAUAAAUGGACACUCGAAUCUGUUUGCUUAGUUGGUCUGGAUACUAGACUAGGCUGCUUGGAAAGAAAUUUACCUGAGGAUUCAGAUGGAAUGAAAAUGAUAAAUGCUGUGUUGAAUCAGUUUGAAUGCAUGAUUAAAUUGGAAGUAUUUUCGGGUCAUAUACAAUUCUGGAAAUUUUUACCAUCUCCAACAUGGAGGAAAUUUGUUAAAAAUUCAGAUAUAUAUUCAGAGAUUGCUUUUAAAUAUAUAAAUAAAGCUAUGUCCAAUUUAGAAUCUAUAGAAGCAAAUGAAGAUAAGCCUUUUACUCUACUUCAGGCAAUGCUAAUAGAAAAGAAAUUGGAUAUUAGAGAUAUUAUGGUUGUCAUUGCUGAUUUCUUGAUGGCUGGUAUUGAAACGACAGCACAUAGUGCUGGUUUUCUUCUCUAUCAUCUGGCCAGAAAUCCUGAUAAGCAAGAAAUUUUGUAUCAAGAAAUUGUGAAACUUCUCCCAAGUAAAGAACAUAAAAUUACUGAAAAAAUUUACUCCGAGUUGAAAUAUUUGAAUGCUUGCUUUAAAGAAUGCUUACGAUUGAACCCUGUUGUUGGUGGAACUGCUAGGACCUUAGUAAAUGAUUGUGUAUUAAGUGGUUAUCAAGUUCCUGCUGGGACUUUAGCUACAGUACCUUAUACAGAACUUUUUACACAUGAAAGAUACUUUGAAGAACCAUUUCAAUUUAUUCCUGAGCGUUGGUUGAACAAAAAGAAAAUGCAUCCUUAUGCAUUUAUGCCAUUUGGAUUUGGAGUACGGAGUUGCAUUGGAAGAAGACUUGCUGAAAUGGAAAUAACUUUACUAGUUGCUGAGAUAAUAAGAAAGUUCAAAGUAGAAUAUCAUUACGAAGACAUUGGAAUAAGAACAUUGCUAGCAUAUGUACCCGACAGACCUUUACGACUUACUUUUAUUGAACGAUGAUUUUUUUUCUUUCAAUAAGUUACUCUAGUUCAAAUAUUCAUAUUGUAUUUAUUUUGUUCAUUGCAGUAAUUUGUAAAUUGAAUUAUAUGAAGGGGAAAUUGUAAUAUAAACUAAUACUCGCUGAUCAAUGCAUUCAUAAAAAAAAAAAAACAUUUUGCCUAAUUGUUAAUGGUGUCUGUAAAUUAUUCAGAUGUUUACACAUAUGUAGAAAAAUUAAUAAUAGGUGUCAUAAAUCCCAUUUAUAUCUUAUUUAGAACAUGUUUUGGAAGCUGAAAUUUGCAUAUUGAAAAUAACAUUAAAAAAAAACUUUUCAAGCCAGAUGUUGGUUGCAGUGUCACUUCUAAUACAAUAACUGAAUAUAAGAGUGUACAAUGCAUAGAGUUAGUAGCUAAGAUAAAUCUUGUUUGGGAAAUUCUUUUGAAUAUAGUUGGAAAGCGUCUUACUGAUUUUCAUGCAUGUUUGUGAUGAAAAGUCCGUAACUUAUGUUGUUCAAAUUUUAUAAUUUUCUUAACUACAUAACAUAAAUAAUUAGAACUUUAAAUUUAACAGCUGAUAUGUUUUAUAAAGAAUUAUUUAUUGCUCUCAGAUAAACUUCAUUUCAAGAUGGUAAUUAUUUAACUUGUGUA